AGUUGUGAUGUGAAGAGCGGUCCGUCUGCGAGCGUCUCUUUUGAGCUUGUUUUAUGGAUUUACAAAGGAUUAAACUAAAUAAUUCUGCAGCAUGAUGCUCUUCAUGAACUAUUCACUACCUUCAGCUCUCCACUGGCAGGAGGGCGCUUGGAUCAGCGGCUGAGGCGGCUCAGUAUUGGCAGAAGCGGCUGCUGGAAUGUUCCGUCAGGGCAGCAACAGUGGGAAUAAGUGCUUGACAAGCGGUGCUCGUCUCUCCCAGCCCAACAUCCCUGUGUCCCUGUCCCCCGGGUCCAACAAAACGCUAGAAAUGGGCCGCAGCUCUAAGACGAACCCUCUCAACGCUAUGGGCCUGGAUCACACCACCACCACCCCUGGAGGGGACCCUGACUACAUCAUGCAGCUGGUCAAUGAUGUGCGCACGUUUUCUGACGUGCUCCUGAGCCUAAAGGAGGCUUUUCACUCCAAAGAAAACCAAGAGUGCUCGCAGCACGUGGUCAGCGAGCGACUUGGAGAGCUGGUACGCGUGCUAAAGACCGUCAUUGGCAAACACCAGGCACUGAAUUCGUCAGAAAUUCUUGGUGCUGCAGGCACCGUCAUCGCCAAAGUCAAAGGCGUGAACGUCAAAGAAGUCAAUAAAGAAAACAAAGACACAAUAUUUGGCGAGAUACACACAUCGAUCGAUACUUUGGCAUUCACCUUUGGCAAUGUAGUGUCUGACUUCCUUAUGGGAGAUGUGGACAGUGGCUCCAGGUUGGGGUACCCCCAAGCCAGAAGAAGUCGUUCUUUUGAAAACCUCUCUGAAGAUUCAGGAGGCUGCAAUCAAAAGGAUCUGGCAGAUCCUGCUCUGUCCCCAGAGCUGUCCACUGUGGAGCAGGUAGACCUUCUUCUGCUGAAGAAUGACAGUGGAGUAGAGUCGGCUUUGCUCUAUGCCAAGGCCUGGUCCAAAUACACCAAAGAUGUGCUGGCCUGGGUGGAGAAACGCCUCAGCCUGGACACGGAAUGUGCCAAAAGCUUUGCCAAGAUGGCAGAAUCCGCAAAGGCAGUGGCAAGUCAGCAGGACUUUAUGCCGUUCCGGGAUAUUUAUGUCUCUGCCUUUAAAAAUGAGAUUGAGUACAAUCAGGUUCUGCUCCAAACAGCUGCAGCUCUACAAACCAACAAAUUCAUACAGCCACUGCUGGCCCGCAAGAACGAUCUGGACAAGCAGAGGAAAGAGAUAAAGGAACAAUGGCAAAGAGAGCUAAAGAAAAUGAGCGAGGCUGAGAGCGCUUUGAAGAAGGCUCGGCUGCUGAAGGUGCAGAAGAGGGAGGAGUACGAGAAGGCACGCAGCUCCACCAGCCGCACCGAGGAGGAGCAGCCAACAGCAGGAGGCAGGACUCUGGAGAAGAAACGGAGGGUGGAGGAAGAGGCCCUACAGAAGGCUGAGGAAGCGCAGGAGCAGUAUAAAGCCUGUGUGGCCGAUCUAGAGGCGAAGAAGGUCAGCCUGUCAAACGCUAAGAGUGAGAUCCUCGGUCAAAUUCGGAAGCUGGUCUUCCAGUGUGACUUGACCCUCAAAGCGGUGACAGUGAACUGGUUCCAGAUGCAGCAGGCUCAGACCCAGCCUCUCUCAGUCAACUACCAAGCUCUAAGUGAACAGGCCAAAAAGUAUGAACCAGGCCAGCGCUACUCUGAGUUUGUGUGCAGCCUGCCUAAAGAGCGUGUGUGGCUGGAGUCUCUGUCUCAGGACAUCACAGCUUCCUCAAAAACUGGAAUGUCCCUUCAUAAGAGGUCUCAGAGCAGUACCCGCUCAUCCCAUGGGAACCUGUCGCAAGGCUCUGUAACUUCUGCAGAUAACCACAGCGUAGAUGGGGUUGAGGGUACCGUACAACCUUGCAAGGCCAAGAUCGCAGAGAGGCGGUCCAAUAGCAGUUUAGACAUGCAAGCGUUAAGGACGCAGGGCUCCCAGCGGGCCUGGAGCUCAGGCAGUGCCGGUGGAGGAGGGAUGUGCAGUGACUCAGAGAGUGCUGGAGGAAGCAGUGAGUCUCGCUCAAUGGACUCCCCCACAGCUAGUCCAGGGGAUUUCAAACGCAGGCUUCCCAGAACUCCCUCAACUGGUACCAUGUCUUCUGCAGAUGACCUGGAUGAGAGGGAACCACCCUCCCCAUUAGAUAAUGGCCUUGCUGAAAUGGUGAUGGAAACGGCCAGUUCUCCCGGCCCUUUUCGUAAUGCUCAGAUGUCAAAAGCGUCACAAACUCACAAGUUGAGGAAACUGCGAGCGCCUUCCAAAUGCAGAGAGUGUGACGGGCUGGUGGUGUUUCACGGGGCUGAAUGUGAGGAGUGCUCUUUGGCCUGUCAUAAGAAAUGCCUGGAGACUCUUGCCAUUCAGUGUGGUCAUAAGAAGCUCCAGGGCAGACUGCACCUGUUCGGGAUUGACUUCGCCCAAGUAGCUAAGAACAGUCCUGACGGCAUCCCCUUCAUCAUCAAAAAAUGCACCUCAGAAAUCGAGAGUCGUGCCCUGAACAUUAAGGGCAUUUAUCGGGUGAAUGGGGCGAAGUCUCGUGUGGAAAAGCUGUGCCAGGCCUUUGAGAACGGAAAAGACUUAGUGGAGCUUUCUGACCUCCACCCACAUGACAUAAGCAAUGUGCUCAAGCUUUACCUGAGACAGCUGCCGGAGCCAUUGAUUCUGUAUCGGUAUUACAACGAUAUCAUCGGGCUGGCAAAAGAGACUCAGAACAUGAAGGAGACUGACUCGACUAAAAAGAAAUCACCAGGAGAGCAGCUGUGCCUCAGUAUUGAGCUUAAAAGAGUCCUCUUCAAAAUCAGAGACCUCCUUCGCCAGCUUCCAGCGGCGCACUACAAAACCCUGCAGUUCCUCAUCACCCAUCUGCACAGAGUGUCAGAGCAAGCUGAGGAGAACAAGAUGACUGCUAGUAACCUGGGUAUCAUCUUCGGUCCCACACUCAUCAAGCCCAGGCAGUUGGAGGCGGAAGUGUCACUGUCCUCUCUGGUUGACUACCCCCACCAGGCCCGCAUGGUGGACCUGCUCAUCAGGCACCACCAGAUGAUCUUUGAUGUCCCCCUCAGCCCUGUGUCUCCCACCAGUCCGACAGCACCACAGCCAGCGCUCAGCCGCCACUCCCAAUCUCUCAUGGAUAUCAAAGUGAGUGCAAAAGUCUACAAGAGACACUCGUCUGUGAUUACCUCUGCACAGCUGAUGGAGAAAGUGAAGGAGAUGAAGACAGGGGACGAUAAAGGGCAAACACCUGCAGGUGAGGGCUCAGAUGUCAAUGGGGUUGGCUCAGCUCCUGUAGGCGUGCAGAAGUCCACAUUCAGUGCCAGCAGCCGAGUGGUGCAACUACGUCCUCAGCGCACCAAGCCGGUGUCUCGACCCAUCAGCAUGCCUGUGGAGCGACUGCUCAACGAGCGCAACAGUCGCAACACAGAAGAGCGUGAACACUCACCGGCCGCCAUUCAGGAGACCACCGAACCGGACAAGCCUUCGACACCACGCUUCACCAACUAUUACAGAAACCCCUUCAUCGACACACAGACACUGAGGAGGACCUGGGACAGACAGUACAAGCAUUACGAUGUGACGCCCAGAACUGCUAUGAUAGUGGCCAACCUGCCAUCCUCUGGCGUGCCAAAACCGUCGGAAAUUAGCGUUGUACCCCAAAGCAGCACCAGUAGAAAAGAUGGUACAAGCCAGUCCGCCGGGACUCCGAUAUCCUUACGAGCGCCACGGACACUAAAACCCCCUCCCGGAACGUUCUAUAGACCUCCAUCAGUAAGCCAAAUCAGGCCAGUUGACUCGCUGGCAAAAACCGUUUCAACAGCAACAACCACUACCACAGGAACCAUAUACACAACAUCCAUUACCAUAUUUACAACAGCGGCCACAUCAACAGUUUCGACAGUCUCCACAGCCGUCACGACUCCCCCAACCACACCAACAACAUCAGUGACUAUCGCUCUAACGGCCAAGCCGACCUUUACGACAGUGACGAGCGCUGUAUCUGGAGCAGAGGAAGGACUAUCAGAGAACGACUCCAUCAGCCCCGUCACACUCUCUCCGCCUCAAUCUCCAAGCUCCAGCGCAGAGGAGCUCAGCCCUACAGACGCCAAACCCCUCUAUCAGAGACGCAGUCGCCGUAUGCAGGAGCUAGAGCAUCGAGAGGCCCAUUUUGUUUAAAAAAAAUGCCCUGUUGGACAGAUCUCUUGUCUCGCUUGGUACAGUAUCCUAUAUGUGACACUCAGAAAGUGACUGAUUCCUCCACAGGCCUCACAAGGUCAAUUUUCAUAGUCUUGCAGAUCCGUCAACGGCUUUAUGUGUAUGUAUUUGUAUGUAAACUGUCAUUUUUGUGCCAUACUGUAUAUAUGAAAAUUGUUUUAAUAUCCCUUUGAGAAAGGGCAAAAAUAUUAGGAGAGAGGUGAAACGUCUCUAUGAAAUUUUGUCUCUUUAAGCUACUAUUUGAGCCAGAAAUAUCAGCAGAGAUCCAAAACAUUUGUGACAUUCGCUUAUCCGUAAGUGAGCACUCUUUUAUGUUAUUUUCGGAUGUUGUUUCUGAACAUUUAUGCCAAAUGUGUCUUAUUCUUAUUAUCUCCUUCACAGCGAUAAGAUGAGACACUUCUAUAUCAGUAAAUAAUCUGCUAUAUUAAUGUGUUAAUAAAAUCAAUUUCUGUGUAAAUUGUAUAAACUCAAAAGGAAUGUGUAUAGUAUUGUGUGUAAAUUCAUGCCAACUUGCUCAUUUUGAUGCACUUGCUAAGCCUAACUUUUCAACAUACAUUCAUCACUGCCCUUGCAUGAUG